CUUUUAUAAACUACCUAUUUCCAUAUUUUACUUUUUUUUUUAUUAAAACCAGUUCUAUUAUUAUGUCUAAGCAAGUAAAUGUUGGUGUCAUUGGUUUUGGCAUGUCCUCUCGUACAUUUCAUUGUCCUUUGAUUGUAUCCUCUCCUCAUCUCAAACUUGCUGCUGUGGUUGAACGUCAUGAUAAUAAGAGUCAAAGUGUUUACCCUGGAAUUCAAACUGUGAAAAGUACUGAUGAAUUGUUUGCUCUUGAUCAUAUUGACUUGGUAGUCAUUACUACACCUAAUGAUUCUCAUUUCAAACUUGCAAAGGAAGCCAUGGAAAAAGGAAAGAAUGUUGUCGUUGAAAAACCAUUUACAGUAACUUCUCAAGAAGCUGAAAUUUUAGUCAAAGUGGCCAAGGAAACCAAUAAAAUCUGUAGUGUGUAUCAAAAUCGACGAUGGGAUGGUGACUUUUUGACAGUGAAGAAAUUAGUGGAUAAUGGACAUUUAGGUCGUCUUGUUGAAUUCGAAUCUCAUUUUGAUCGAUUCCGUAACUUUAGCAAGAAAGGAUGGCGUGAACAAGAAGGUCAACUUGGAUCUGGUAUGUUAUAUGAUUUAGGUGCUCACUUGAUUGAUCAAGCUCUUACAUUAUUUGGUGUUCCUAAAAGUAUUUAUGCAACCAUCAGUAAUCAACGUCAAUUACCAGGUACCAAUGUGGCAGAUGAUUUUACCAUUAUUUUGACAUAUGAAAAUAAUCUCAAGGCGAUCUUACGAAGCAGUAUGUUAGCAAGACAACAACCAGUAUUACGAUUUUCAUUGCGGGGUAUGAAUGGUUCCUUUGUCAAACACUAUUUAGAUGUACAAGAAGAUCAACUCAAGGCGGGCGUUUUACCAGCACAUGCAGGUUAUGGAGUGGAAGAUGAACAACAAUGGGGUUUGAUCAAUACUGAUAUUACUGGUGGUAUUCAUGUGGUGGGUAAUAUUGAAACUGAAAAAGGUGAUUAUCUCUCUUUCUACAACAAUGUAGCUCAAGCAAUCUUGGAUGGAAAUCCUGCUCAAUUAGCUGUCAAACCUGAACAUGGAUUAUUAUGCAUUCGUGUGAUUGAAUUGGCUCAACAAUCAAGUGAUGAAAACCGUACCAUCUUUUUCUAAUUAGAUUAAUUUAUUAGUUAUUUAUACAGUGGAUGAUUAAAAAUAAA